AUGAGUUUUUUUACUCGCUUGGUAUUUUUUGUUGAAUGCACAAUGGGUGUAAGUUAUGCUGUAGUUGAGAAAAAACCAAAUAAUAAAGUGAUUCAAGAAUUUAAGAAUCUUGUUAUACGAGAAGUUUUAAUUGCUGAUUUUAACUUGUUAGAUUGUACUGAUAAUUAUGUAGUUGAUAAAGCAACGGAUAAAGCGAUUGAGGACUAUAAAAAAGAU